UUGUCAGUGUCUACAAUCAAAUAUAACCACUAAAUUCAAGUUAAUUUAAUAAUUGUUCUAAUGUUGGAAAGAUUCCUAUUUAGAGAUGGAUAUUUAGAUUUCGAAACACCUGUAGCAGUAGCAUUCUUUGCAGGACUAUGUCGGUUUCUAUAUUUACUAGUGAGCAAAAUAAUACCAACUAAAUCGCCGGAAUACCAUUGCAGAGUCAUAAGUUUCAUCCAUGGAUUCAUAACUGCGUUCGUUGGUAUAAACCAGUGCUUCCUCGUGGACAACCCAUUCUACCACCCCUACUGGCGCACCACCUACACUCAAUCCAUUCUGUUAGCCUUCAGUGCUGGAUAUUUCAUCCACGAUUUGAUAUGGAUGUUGGAGCACACGAGGGAUGAGAGGGUGUUCAUAGCACAUCACUUCUACAGUGCAUUUACUUUGGUACGAAUCCUUUUCAAAGGUACUUCCGGAGCUCAAGCUAGUUGUUCUUUAGGAAUAUUGGAAAUAACGAAUCCUUUUUUACAAAUGAGGUGGUUUCUGAGCUCGGAAGGCAAGGAUGAUACAGCGUUGUUCACGUCCAUAGAAAUAAUGUUUUUUUCUGUGUUUCUCGUUAUAAGAAUUAUGGUAGGGGGUUAUUUACUGAAGAUCGUGUUGACGCAUCCUCAAAAUGAUUGGGAGUUUAAAUUUAUGUCUUUAUCAAUGUAUAUUUUAUCAUGGGUGUUUUUUGUUAACAUUCUUCAAUACAUAUUUGGUAAAUUCAAGGAUCCUAAUAAAGAUAACACGUAAAAAGAGUACAA